AGGCCAUCCCCACCCCAGCUGCAGGAAGCCCGGCUCUAGCCCCGCUCGUCAUCCUUGGAAUGACUGUUGGCGGUUCACCUCGGUGGGACAUGGAGCCCCAACGGGGCGCGAACUCCAGCAGAGCUGGGCACAGAGAGCCGGGCAGUAGCUGUCGCCAUCAGACUCCAUGUUACUCCCAGAGACCAGAUGGGGCCAGCAGUGGGUGGGCCAUGUGCUGGCGCCCUCUGGCACCCUCAGGCCACUCCCACUGGCUCCACUGUGGUCUGUUCUCAGGACUGCAGAGAGCCCAUGCUGGGCAGAGGGCUUGGAGACGGCCUGUAGGCAGUCAUGUGUGGUCCAGGUGGAGUUCUACGUGAAUGAGAACACAUUCAAGGAGCGGCUCAAACUGUUCUUCAUCAAAAACCAAAGAUCCAGCCUGAGGAUCCGGCUGUUCAACUUCUCCCUGAAGCUCCUCACCUGCCUGCUCUACAUCAUCCGGGUCCUGCUGGACAACCCGGCCCUGGGCAUCGGAUGCUGGGGCUGUGUGAAGCAGAAGUACACCUUCAAUGGCUCCUCCUCUGAGAUCAACUGGGCCCCAAUCCUGUGGGUGGAGAGGAAGAUGGCUCUGUGGGCGAUUCAGGUCAUCGUGGCCACAAUAAGCUUCCUGGAGACCAUGCUCCUCAUCUACCUCAGCUACAAAGGCAACAUCUGGGAGCAGAUCAUCCGAGUGUCCUUCAUCCUAGAGAUGGUCAACACACUGCCCUUCAUCAUCACGAUCUUCUGGCCGCCGCUGCGGAACCUGUUCAUCCCGGUGUUCCUCAACUGCUGGCUGGCCAAGCACGCACUGGAGAAUAUGAUCAACGAUUUCCACCGUGCCAUCCUGAGGACCCAGUCGGCCAUGUUCAACCAGGUCCUGAUCCUCUUCUGCACCCUGCUGUGCCUCGUGUUCACGGGGACCUGUGGCAUCCAGCACCUGGAGCGAGCUGGCGAGAACCUGAACCUGCUCACUUCCUUCUACUUCUGCAUCGUCACCUUCUCCACGGUGGGCUACGGCGAUGUGACGCCCAAGAUCUGGCCGUCCCAGUUCCUGGUGGUCAUCAUGAUUGGGGUGGCCCUGGUCGUGCUCCCACUGCAGUUUGAAGAGCUCGUCUAUCUCUGGAUGGAGCGGCAGAAGUCUGGGGGCAACUACAGCCGCCACCGCGCACAGACAGAGAAGCACGUGGUGCUGUGUGUCAGCUCCCUCAAGAUCGACCUCCUCAUGGACUUCCUGAAUGAGUUCUAUGCCCACCCCCGGCUCCAGGACUACUACGUGGUCAUCCUUUGCCCCACUGAAAUGGACGUCCAGGUACGCAGGGUUCUGCAGAUCCCCUUGUGGUCUCAGCGGGUCAUCUACCUCCAGGGCUCUGCCCUCAAGGACCAAGACCUCAUGCGGGCCAAGAUGGACAAUGGGGAGGCCUGCUUCAUCCUGAGCAGCAGGAACGAGGUGGACCGCACAGCCGCAGUGAGUGAGGCCGAGGCCAAGGACCACCAGACCAUUCUGAGGGCCUGGGCCGUUAAGGACUUCGCCCCCAACUGCCCUCUCUACGUCCAGAUCCUCAAGCCUGAGAACAAGUUUCACGUUAAGUUUGCUGACCACGUGGUGUGCGAGGAAGAGUGCAAGUACGCCAUGCUGGCCUUGAACUGCAUCUGCCCAGCCACCUCCACCCUCAUCACCCUGCUGGUGCACACGUCCCGCGGCCAGGAAGGACAGGAGUCACCGGAGCAGUGGCAGCGCAUGUACGGACGCUGCUCCGGCAACGAAGUGUACCAUAUCCGCAUGGGCGACAGCAAGUUCUUCCGCGAGUACGAGGGCAAGAGCUUCACGUACGCGGCUUUCCACGCCCACAAGAAGUACGGCGUGUGCCUCAUGGGGCUGAAGCGAGAGGACGACAAGAGCAUCCUGCUGAACCCGGGGCCGCGGCACAUCCUGGCCGCCUCCGACACCUGCUUCUACAUCAACAUCACCAAGGAGGAGAACUCGGCCUUCAUCUUCAAGCAGGAGGAGAAGCAGAAGAAGGGGCAGGGGCUCUACGAGGGGCCCUCCCGCCUGCCGGUGCACAGCAUCAUCGCCUCCAUGGGGACAGUGGCCAUGGACUUACAGAACACAGAGUGCCGUCCCUCGCAGAGUGGUGGGGGCGGCGGGGGCAACAAGCUGAUGGUGCCCACGGAGAACGGCUCAGGCAGCCGUCGGCCCAGCAUAGCCCCGGUCCUGGAGCUGGCAGACAGCUCGACCCUGCUGCCCUGUGACCUGCUGAGUGACCAGUCUGAGGAUGAGGUGACGCCCUCAGAUGACGAGGGGCUCUCCGUGGUCGAGUACGUGAAGGGCUACCCCCCUAACUCGCCCUACAUCGGCAGCUCCCCCACCCUGUGCCACCUCCUGCCGGUGAAAGCGCCCUUCUGCUGUCUUCGUCUUGACAAGGGCUGCAAGCACAACAGCUACGAGGACGCCAAGGCCUAUGGGUUCAAGAACAAGCUCAUCAUCGUCUCGGCCGAGACCGCUGGCAACGGGCUCUACAACUUCAUCGUGCCCCUGCGGGCCUACUACCGCUCACGCAAAGAGCUCAACCCCAUCGUGCUGCUACUGGACAACAAGCCUGACCACCACUUCCUGGAGGCCAUCUGCUGCUUCCCCAUGGUCUACUACAUGGAGGGCUCUGUGGACAACCUGGACAGCCUGCUGCAGUGCGGCAUCAUCUACGCGGACAACCUGGUGGUGGUGGACAAGGAGAGCACCAUGAGCGCGGAGGAGGACUACAUGGCCGACGCCAAGACCAUCGUCAACGUGCAGACCAUGUUCCGGCUCUUCCCCAGCCUCAGCAUCACCACGGAGCUCACCCACCCUUCCAACAUGCGGUUCAUGCAGUUCCGUGCCAAGGACAGCUAUUCUCUGGCUCUCUCCAAACUCGAAAAGCGGGAGCGGGAGAAUGGCUCCAACCUGGCCUUCAUGUUCCGCCUGCCCUUCGCUGCGGGACGGGUCUUCAGCAUUAGCAUGUUGGACACGCUUCUGUAUCAGGAGGUGGCCCCUGUAGGUACACGGAGGACGGGCACCACAGGCCUGUGCCGGGCGCCUGCCUCACCACAGCUCGGUUCACAGUCCUUCGUGAAAGACUACAUGAUCAGCAUCACCAGGCUGCUGCUGGGCCUCGACACCACCCCGGGCUCCGGCUACCUCUGCGCUAUGAAGAUCACAGAGGACGACCUGUGGAUCCGCACCUACGGCCGCCUCUUCCAGAAGCUCUGCUCCUCCAGCGCAGAGAUCCCCAUCGGCAUCUACAGGACCGAGUGUCAUGUCUUCACCUCCGAGCCCCAAGACCUCAGAGCCCAGUCCCAGGUCUCAGUGAACAUGGAGGACCGUGAAGACACACGGGAGGUCAAGGGGCCCUGGGGCACACGGGCCGGUCCUGGUAGUGGCCAUGGCUGCCACACGAGCAGUGGCGAUCCUGCCGAGCACCCGCUUCUGCGGCGCAAGAGCCUACAGUGGGCCCGGAAGCUGAGCCGCAGGGGCACCAAGCACACAGGGAAGGUACCCGCGGCCACCGAGUGGGUCAACCAGCAGCGGCUCAGCCUCUACCGGCGCUCUGAGCGCCAGGAGCUCUCCGAACUGGUCAAGAACCGCAUGAAGCAUCUGGGGCUGCCCACCACUGGCUAUGAGGACGUAGCAAAUCUAACAGCCAGUGAUGUCAUGAAUCGGGUAAACCUGGGAUAUUUGCAAGACGAGAUGAAUGAUCAGCAGAACACCCUCUCCUACGUCCUCAUCAACCCCCCGCCUGACACGAGGCUGGAGCCCAAUGACAUUGUGUAUCUCAUUCGCUCCGACCCUCUGGCCCACGUGGCCAGCAGCUCCCAGAGCCGGAAGAGCAGCUGUAGCAACAAGCUGUCCUCCUGCAACCCAGAGACUCGAGACGAGACCCAGCUCUGAGCCACCUUGAGGAACCCACACCAGGGCAUCCUUUGGACCUUGUGCCCUGCCUGGGAUCCAAAGGAAGGACUCAGGAGGGAGCAGCACAGAUACCAUUACUGGCCUGGCCCAGGGAGGCUAUACUUCAUUCAGGGUGGCUUCCAGGACUUGACCCCAGAAAGAACUCCUCACCCAGGGCCAGGCGCAGAACCAUAUCAGGCACCCUAGAGGCUAGCGGGAAACGUUUUUAAUCUAUUUUUACAAACCUGUACUGUCCAUGUCUUAUACAGAUGUACCGCAACUCGUGACGGGGCCUGGUCAAGGUGAAGGGCAGGUGGCCAGUAGGGGACAGAGGGACUGGACACCACCUGGGUCCCACUGCUCUACAUGGCCAUGUUCAGGCAUUGCUGGAGGGACUGGGGUGCAUUGGGUGGGGAGGAGUUCGUGUCUGGACCCUGGAGCGGGGGAGUCCCACACAGCCCUCCCGGUGCUGAACAGUCGGCGUGAUCUCGUGGCCUCCACCCCGUUCAGGGCCCUCCUGACUUCGGCACGGCUCUGAGGCACAGCCCUCAUAAAGGGCAACCCGGGGGUGCUCUCUGCCAUUUGCUAUUCCGAGCUAUCCCCAGGAGGGCAAAGAAAGAGGAGGGUCUUGGCUGAGCCAGGGGUGUGCAGCCCCCAGGCUGUGGGGGCCCUUGCUGGCAGAUCUGGCAAGUGGGGGUACCUACUGCCAGUAACUGAAAGUCAGAAGACACCAGUUCCUAUUUUUACACUGAGUUUUUCCAGCCAUGGCAUUUGGGGACACUGUGACAAGUGUGUCUCUAUGGACCAUUUUACAUUUCAAAGCAAAGUCUUGUUUCUAAACACCCAACCUGAGAAGCACAAUUAGCCCUGGGCUGCUGGCUGCUGUCCCCAGGGUCUCCAGGGAAUCCUCGGGCAGAGAUCUGGGCAGCCCCCGUCCCUGCUGCUAGACCUCACUGCUCACAAGGAUGCACUCUGUAGGCAGCAUGUCACCAGGUAGCCUGCCCUAGGCUCCAGGCUCUGAGUCUGGGUCUGGAGGACACCUGGGGCUAGUUACAAGGGUCAGAAAUGUCUGCUGUGGUCCCCACCCCCGACUUCACAGGCAAGCCUGUCCCCCAGCCUGGCCAGCAUGCCCUUACAUAAUGCUGGGUUGGGACAGAUGGGAAGUUUGGCUGGUAGAAGCCCCAGUGUCCUGGAGGCUUCCUGGUGAGCUGUCCAUCAGCCUCACCCCUAUAUCCCAGAAUGCCUCUGGAGUGACCCUGAGCACCCCAGGCUUGUGGGGUGGACACAGUUCAUUUGAGACCAAUAGCUGCUGGGGACCCCGUCCACUGGGGGCCAGAGCUGAGCCCAUGUACUGCAGAGGUUGAGAUAAAGGGGAAGGGCCUAGGCACAGCUCCCCCCCCAGCAUCAGGACAGAUGGCUCCCCAGAGGUGGGCAGGCAGCUCAGGGACUACAGAAAACUGCGUGGGAGGCCUGGCUGGCAGAGUGCCACACACCUGGGGCUCAGCCUCCCCACCCUGCGCACUGGACCACCAGGGGCCUGCCUGCUCAGAAAGUGCCUGGGUGAGGCGCUGACAAGGACAGAGGAUGCAGGUGGGCAGGGAGGGACUGUGCAGACUCAGGAGCAGGGAAGUCUUGGGGCUUGAUGGAGGGCAGGUGGUUGACGUUGGCUAGGUGGCCAGAGCUCAGCCCUGCUGUACUAGAUCUGUCAGCAGCUCCUGGGGUGCCGCAGUGGACAGCAAGGGGUCUGAGCCCACCUCCAUGUAUACUCAGUGUCCCCAGCCCCUAUCCUGCUGCCAUGGCACAGCUUCCUGCUGUCACCUAUUCGGCUGCUGGGCCAAGGGGUGGGAGAGCCACCUUGGCUUCCACUAGGUAGGGCUGCAGCUCCUUGUGCUGCAAAGAGUGGGUACCUGGGACUUAUCCUGUGACAAGCAUCUCACAGCAGGAGGGAGGGCUGUCACUCUGGGUCUAGCCCCAGACAUUCAAGGAGAAGGGCAAUCCAUGAACUCUACUAGCCACUGAGGACACUGGGCCCUUGACCAGGGCUGCUCCACCCUGCCCAGGUUCAGAGGCUGCUGUGGACCAGGCCAGCAGUGGGGUCAAGAGGGUCUGUGUACUGAGAUGCUCCUAGACCAAUAAAAGCUGCCUGCACACCCAGAA